AUGGCAAAGGAUAAUCAAAAUCCGUUUGCGGACAGGAGCGACUUGAUCGACUUGGAUCUAGACCGGUAUCCGUCCACUAGAGAUAACGAACAAUUCUCUCCCGACAACUACCCUGACUAUGAUACUCCAUACCAGUAUCAAACUUCGUCGUCCCAACCUGGACGGCCAGGCACCAACGCCUCCGAAAAUCCAUUCGCAGACAGCUUGAUGUUACUGGAUGAUGAGAACGACGGCUACUAUAACGGGCCAACGAGUUAUCCUGACAAUUCGACACAUCGCCAGGUGCCGCUCUUGAGCACAUCCAAUGAGCCUCCGCUACAGCAGAAGAAGGGCUUUUUCUCUAAUUUGCGGACGAAUAUCAACGGCCAGGGCGAUGCCUCAUAUAUGGGUAUGGACGACUACACCGAUCGUCUUCAGGACAAUAACUUACAGAAUGGUCUGAGUGAUUUCGACAUCCGGAAGAUCUUUGGUAAGGUGAAGGGUGUGUUCACACGACAGAAACCGGCCCAGACAACUGCAAAUUUGGGGCCCAGAGAGAUUUUCGUAUUGGAUCGCUCCAAAAACGCUGCAUUUGGCUACUAUGGUAACCAUAUCUCUACUACUAAGUACAACUUUGCAACGUUCUUGCCCAAGUUUCUCUUUGAGCAGUUUAGCAAAUAUGCAAACUUGUUUUUCCUUUUCACGUCAAUCAUUCAACAAGUUCCGGAUGUGUCGCCAACCAAUAGAUACACCACGAUUGGUACAUUGACCGUGGUGCUUCUUGUUUCGGCCAUCAAAGAGAUCAUGGAGGAUAUCAAGCGUGCAAACGCAGACAAAGAGCUUAACAACACACGAGUAUUAGUGCUAGAUCUGGCCAGCGGAGAAUUUCAUUUGAAAAAAUGGAUCCAGGUACAUGUGGGUGACGUUGUUCGUGUCAACAACGAGGAGCCUUUCCCGGCUGAUUUGCUUCUAUUGAGUUCUUCUGAGCCCGAGGGUUUGUGCUACAUCGAAACUGCCAAUUUGGACGGUGAGACUAAUCUCAAAAUCAAGCAGGCUAAACCUGAAACGGCUCAUAUGGUCAGUCCACAAUCAUUGGUCAGUGAACUUGCCAGAUGUGAGGUCUUGUCCGAACAACCAAACUCGUCCUUGUACACAUAUGAAGGUACUCUUAAGAACUUCGGAUCAGUCCCUAAAAUCCCUCUUUCUCCUGAGCAGUUGUUGCUUCGAGGUGCAACCUUGCGUAAUACUCCUUGGAUUCACGGUGUGGUCGUUUUCACGGGCCACGAAACCAAGUUGAUGCGUAACGCUACAGCUGCGCCUAUCAAACGUACUGAUGUCGAAAGAAUCAUCAACUUGCAAAUCAUUGCAUUAUUCUCCAUCUUAAUUGCAUUGUCCUUGAUUUCCACUGUGGGUAACGUGGCUAAAAUUCAGAUCGACAAGAGUGAAUUGAGCUACUUGUACUUGGAAGGAACAUCUAUGGUCAAACUUUUCUUCAAGGACAUAUUAACUUUUUGGAUUUUAUACUCGAACUUGGUGCCUAUCUCAUUGUUUGUUACUGUUGAAAUCAUUAAGUAUUACCAAGCCUACAUGAUUGGUAGUGACUUGGACAUGUACUACGCAGAAUCUGACACCCCUACUGGAGUACGUACCUCAUCUUUAGUCGAAGAACUUGGCCAAAUAGACUACAUUUUCUCCGACAAAACUGGUACUUUGACAAGAAAUGUAAUGGAGUUUAAAUCUUGCACAAUUGGAGGUAAAUGCUACACUGAGGAGAUUCCUGAGGAGGGACAGGCUCAGUUGAUUGAUGGUAUUGAGAUUGGUUUCUAUAGCUUUGCUGACAUGCAAAGUCACUUGAGAGAUAAUUCUCUGCAACAAUCAGCAAUCAUCAACGAGUUUUUCGUUUUGUUAAGCACGUGUCACACGGUUAUUCCUGAGGUCAAUGAUGACACAGGUGCUAUCAAAUACCAAGCUGCCUCUCCAGAUGAGGGUGCGUUGGUUCAAGGUGCCGCUGAUUUGGGUUACAAAUUCACGAUCCGUAGACCCAAGGGAGUUACCAUUCAUUCGGAGAUCACCAACAGCGAUUCUGAGUAUGAGCUUUUAAACAUUUGUGAAUUCAAUUCUACCAGAAAGAGAAUGUCUGCCAUUUUCAGAUGUCCUGACGGAGUUAUUCGAUUGUUCUGUAAAGGUGCUGACACAGUUAUCUUGGAGCGUCUUUCAGAGAUGGAGCCCCAACCUUUUGUUGAUGCAACUAUUAGACACUUGGAGGAUUUUGCCUCAGAAGGUUUAAGAACUUUGUGUAUCGCAUCUAGAAUCGUUCCUGAACAAGAGUAUCAGGAAUGGGCAGAAAAGUACUAUGAGGCAUCGACUGCUUUAGAGAAUAGAGCCGACCAAUUAGACGAAGUUGCUGAGAUUAUUGAGAAAGAUCUCUUUCUUUUGGGUGCCACUGCCAUUGAAGAUAAAUUGCAGGAUGGAGUGCCAGAAACUAUUCACACAUUACAGAACGCUGGAAUUAAAGUGUGGGUUCUUACCGGUGACAGACAAGAGACGGCCAUCAACAUUGGUAUGUCAUGUAAGCUUUUGAGUGAAGAUAUGAAUCUUUUGAUCAUCAACGAAGAAACAAAGGCUGACACAAAACGUAAUCUUCAGGAGAAAUUGGAUGCGAUCAAUGAACACCAACACGACGUGGACGAAUCUAUUCUUGAUUCCUCAUUGGCUUUAAUUAUCGAUGGGCAUUCUCUUGGCUUCGCACUUGAGCCUGAGUUGGAGGAUGCCUUUUUGGGAUUGGCUACGCGGUGUAGAGCUGUCAUCUGUUGUCGAGUGUCUCCAUUACAAAAGGCAUUGGUCGUGAAAAUGGUGAAGAGAAAGAAGAAGAGGUCACUUUUGUUGGCUAUUGGAGACGGUGCCAAUGAUGUGUCUAUGAUUCAAGCAGCGCAUGUUGGUGUCGGUAUCAAUGGUAUGGAAGGUAUGCAAGCAGCCAGAAGUGCCGAUAUUUCCAUUGGUCAGUUCAAGUAUUUGAAGAAGUUGCUUUUAGUUCAUGGUGCAUGGUCUUAUCAGCGUAUCUCAAAUGCCAUCUUGUACUCAUUUUACAAGAACAUUGCAUUGUAUAUGACCCAGUUUUGGUUUGUCUUCACGAACGGCUUUUCUGGACAGUCACUUAUUGAAUCGUGGACAUUGACCUUAUACAACGUUUUGUUUACUGUGUUCCCACCAUUUGUUAUGGGAGUUUUCGAUCAAUUUGUGAGCGCUCGUUUGUUGGAUAGAUAUCCACAGUUGUAUCAAUUGGGCCAGAAGAGAAAGUUUUUUAAUGUCAGAAUUUUCUGGGGUUGGAUUCUUAAUGGGUUCUAUCACUCUGGAAUCAUCUUCAUUUGUCUCAUGUCAAUUAACAGGUAUUCCAAUUACUUGCCAAAUGGUCAAGUUGCUAAUCAGUGGGCAUGGGGCACUUUGGUCUACACCACUUGUAUGUUAACAGCACUAGGUAAGGCGGCAUUGGUUGUGACGUUGUGGACCAAGUUUACUUUAUUGGCCAUCCCAGGUUCGUUCCUUUUCUGGUUGAUUUGGUUCCCAGGGUAUGCUACUAUUGCCCCAAUGGCUCGUACCUCUCGUGAAUACUAUGGAGCUUUGGCGCACACCUAUCCAAGUUUGACAUUCUGGGCUGCUGUGUUUGGCAUUGCAAUCUUGUGCUUGCUCCGUGACUUCGCCUGGAAGUUUUUCAAGAGAAGCUACAACCCAGAAAGCUACCACUACGUGCAAGAGAUCCAAAAGUACAACAUUCAGGACUAUCGACCACGGAUGGAGCAGUUCGAGAAGGCCAUUCGUAAGGUUAGACAGGUGCAAAGAAUUAAGAAGCAAAGAGGUUUCGCGUUCUCACAAGUGGAUGACCAGAACUUGGAAAAGAUCGUCAGAUUAUAUGAUACAACCAAGAAGAGAGGAGCCUAUGGAGAAUUGGCUGAAAAUUAG